UGCAGUGACGGUGGAAGAUGGCGGCGCGGCGGAGUCAGCUUUCUCCCAGUGCCUCGGAUCCCGGGCCGAGCUCGACCACGGCCCCGACCUCCGACAGGCCCGAUUCACCAGGAUUCACUGGCGGUACUGUCACCCCCCCGGGUCCUGGGGCGACGGCGCCGCUAACAGGAGGUGGAGGAGGGGCGGUGAGUGACUCGGGCCGCGAGCUGUUCGAGGCCUGCAGGAACGGCGACGUUUUGCGGGUGAAACGACUGGUGGAUUCAGGCAAUGUGAACGCCAAGGACAUGGCUGGCAGGAAAUCAACGCCGCUGCACUUCGCCGCAGGAUUUGGCAGGAAGGAUGUUGUAGAGCAUCUCUUACAAAAUGGUGCAAAUGUUCACGCACGUGAUGAUGGCGGUCUGAUCCCGCUACACAAUGCCUGUUCGUUUGGACAUGCAGAAGUGGUCAGUUUGCUGCUGUGUCAUGGAGCAGACUCAAAUGCUCGAGACAACUGGAAUUAUACUCCCUUGCAUGAGGCAGCGAUCAAAGGAAAGAUUGAUGUCUGCAUUGUUCUUCUGCAGCAUGGAGCUGAUCCCAACAUUCGGAACACUGAUGGAAAGACAGCUCAAGAUUUGGCGGAUCCUUCGGCAAAAGCUGUACUGACAGGUGAAUACAAGAAGGAUGAACUUCUUGAAGCAGCAAGGAGCGGUAAUGAAGAGAAGCUCAUGGCAUUGCUUACUCCAUUAAAUGUAAACUGUCAUGCAAGUGAUGGAAGAAAGACUGCAGAACCUCACCCCAUCAGUCUACGAUGUAGAAAUGGAAAUAUGUCUACUCCUCUUCACCUGGCUGCCGGUUACAAUCGUGUCCGGAUUGUUCAACUCCUCCUCCAGCAUGGAGCUGAUGUACACGCAAAAGACAAAGGUGGCCUUGUUCCUCUUCAUAAUGCUUGCUCAUAUGGCCAUUACGAGGUCACCGAACUGCUGCUUAAGCAUGGAGCCUGUGUAAAUGCCAUGGAUCUCUGGCAGUUCACGCCACUACAUGAAGCUGCAUCCAAGAACAGAGUGGAAGUCUGUUCACUUCUUUUAAGCCAUGGUGCGGACCCCACUCUAGUUAACUGCCAUGGUAAGAGUGCCAUGGAUAUGGCUCCUACUCCAGAGUUAAAAGAGAGGCUUGCCUAUGAAUUUAAAGGGCAUUCAUUACUGCAAGCUGCCAAGGAAGCAGAUUUGACAAAAGUGAAAAAGAGCCUUGCUUUAGAGAUAAUAAAUUUCAAGCAUCCACAGACCCAUGAAACUCCACUGCAUUGUGCUGUGGCUUCACAACACCCCAAGCGCAAGCAGGUAACAGAGCUGCUUUUGAGAAAAGGAGCCAAUGUCAAUGAAAAAAAUAAAGAUUUUCUUACACCCCUACAUGUGGCUGCAGAAAGAGCACACAACGAUGUGGUAGAGGUUCUUCACAAGCAUGGAGCUAAGAUCAAUGCUUUGGACACUCUUGGUCAAGCAGCUUUACACAGAGCUGCACAUGGUGGUCACCUACAGACAUGUCGCCUCUUGCUGAGUUAUGGCAGCGACCCUUCCAUUUUGUCCCUUCAAGGAUUUACAGCUGCACAAAUGGGGAAUGAGUCUGUGCAGCAGAUACUCAAUGAGAACGUCCCCUUACAUAAUUCAGAUGUUGAUUAUCGGCUUUUGGAGGCAGCAAAGGCUGGAGACUUGGAAACUGUGAAGCGCGGCCUUCCUGUCCCGGCUGCAGCAGCGAUACCUUGGCACAGCCAUCCCAGGAGCACACCAGCGAAGAGAAGCAGCAAAGAGGCUACGCCACCUUUUUACAACAUCUGCUGUGUUCAGCAAUUGUGCACAACCCAGAAUGUGAACUGCAGAGACCUGGAAGGACGGCACUCCACGCCACUACAUUUUGCAGCAGGUUACAAUCGGGUAGCUGUUGUCGAGUACCUGCUUCAUCAUGGAGCUGAUGUGCAUGCCAAAGACAAGGGGGGUUUAGUGCCCUUGCACAAUGCUUGCUCGUAUGGACAUUAUGAAGUAGCAGAACUGCUGGUGAGGCAUGGUGCUUCAGUGAAUGUGGCUGACCUAUGGAAGUUCACACCUCUGCAUGAAGCAGCAGCCAAAGGCAAAUAUGAGAUUUGUAAACUGCUGUUAAAGCAUGGAGCUGACCCAACGAAGAAGAACAGAGAUGGGAACACACCUCUGGAUCUUGUGAAAGAAGGGGACACGGAUAUUCAAGACUUACUAAGAGGCGAUGCUGCUCUGCUCGACGCUGCCAAGAAAGGCUGCCUAGCAAGGGUCCAGAAGUUGUGUACCCCAGAGAACAUAAAUUGCAGAGACACUCAAGGAAGGAACUCAACACCACUUCAUCUUGCAGCUGGCUAUAAUAACCUUGAAGUUGCUGAUUAUCUUCUGGAGCAUGGUGCAGAUGUUAAUGCACAAGACAAAGGGGGCCUCAUUCCCCUCCAUAAUGCAGCAUCCUAUGGGCAUGUGGAUAUUGCAGCGCUUUUAAUCAAAUAUAACACCUGUGUCAAUGCAACUGAUAAAUGGGCCUUCACUCCAUUGCAUGAAGCAGCACAGAAAGGAAGGACACAACUUUGUGCUCUGCUACUGGCUCAUGGGGCGGAUCCUACCAUGAAGAACCAGGAAGGCCAGACUCCUUUAGAUUUGGCUACAGCUGACGACAUCAGGGCCUUGCUUAUUGAUGCUAUGCCACCUGAAGCCCUCCCUAGUUGUUAUAAACCUCAGGCAACUGUUGUUACUGCAGCGGUGAUCUCUCCAGCCUCAACUCCGUCUUGUUUGUCUGCUGCUAGCAGUAUAGAUAACCUGACUGGCCCUCUUGCAGAGCUAACUGUUAGUGGUGCCUCAGGUGCAGCUGAUGGAGCUACUGGCACUGAGAGAAAAGAAGGGGAAGUUACUGUACUUGACAUGAACAUAAACCAAUUCCUUAAAAGUCUAGGCUUGGAACACCUGCGGGAUAUUUUUGAAAGGGAACAGAUCACUUUGGAUGUGCUGGCAGACAUGGGACAUGAGGAGCUGAAAGAAAUUGGAAUUAAUGCCUACGGGCACCGUCAUAAAUUAAUCAAGGGUGUUGAACGGCUUCUCGGGGGACAGCAAGGUGCAAAUCCUUAUCUGACUUUCCAUUGUGCUAGCCAAGGAACCAUUCUUAUUGAUCUCGCACCAGAUGACAAAGAGUACCAGUCUGUGGAAGAGGAGAUGCAAAGCACAAUCCGUGAACACAGAGAUGGUGGGACAGCAGGCGGAGUUUUUAAUAGAUACAACAUCAUUAAGAUUCAGAAGGUUGUGAACAAGAAACUACGGGAAAGGUUCAUUCACAGACAAAAGGAGGUAGCAGAGGAAAAUCAUAAUCAUCAUAACGAACGGAUGCUCUUUCAUGGUUCUCCAUUCAUCAAUGCGAUCAUUUACAAAGGGUUUGAUGAAAGACAUGCAUACAUUGGUGGGAUGUUUGGUGCAGGGAUUUACUUUGCAGAAAAUUCCUCUAAAAGUAAUCAGUAUGUCUAUGGCAUAGGUGGAGGUACUGGAUGCCCAACCCAUAAGGAUAGGUCAUGUUACAUAUGUCACAGACAAAUGCUCUUCUGUAGAGUUACACUCGGGAAGUCAUUCCUACAGUUCAGUGCAAUGAAGAUGGCUCAUGCCCCACCAGGGCAUCAUUCUGUGAUUGGGAGACCUAGUGUCAAUGGACUUGCUUAUGCAGAAUAUGUCAUCUAUAGAGGAGAACAGGCAUAUCCAGAAUACCUCAUCACAUAUCAGAUCUUGAAACCAGAAAGUCCGUCACAGCAGAUAACGACAAGUGAACAGAAGUCAUAGUCCAAGCGAAAUCUUUGCACCAAAGUGAACUUGCACCUAAGGCUCUGUGUGAUGAAUGCCUUUCCAUGUGACUGUUACAAUAUUUAUUUGAGAGAAACUUUAACAAUAAAACUGGUGUUUCAGUUUAUGAUUCUUUACUUCCCCCUCAAGAAAGAAAUAUUGAUUUCACCGCCAGAUCCAAAUGCUGUGUAUUGUAAAUUGUCCUUCCCUCUCAAAGAAAGCUUAUUACUAUUAGCUUUGAGCUACAUUGGAUUUACUAUUUUUACUUGUUCUCCCUCACACUUCAUUUUUCAAACGUACUGGAGCUUUUGAAGUGCUGUUGGUUGGGAACCUUGUAGGACAGUUAAAAAAAGUACCUCACGUGGCUUCUAACCUUGAUCACCAUAGUUACGUCCAUGGUAAAUUCAAGUCCUGGAAGAGGUGAUCUGUUAUAACCAGCUUUGGCAUUGAGCUGUCUCUUUUUAGCCAGCCAGUUUAUCUAAUAAAAACUGAGGUGUUUGAACCAUAACACCCCCACACAAAAGGCAAAGAGAUGGUCUGUUUGUGAAGAGACUUAAGUUGCUUAAUGUGGGGCAGUGAAUAAAAAUUAUGUAAACCAGCGAUGCUGCUUCAACCAAGAUCAGUGAUGCAAAAGUCAAUAGCUCACAAAAGUUCAUAAUCAACAUGCAAAUGAACAUCUAAAUCACAUGUUCUUAUAGGGCAGGUAAUUUGCAUGGGUAUGGCAUCUACAAUAACAGUUUGGUUUUCCCAACUUUGAAGAUUGUUCCAUCUGUUCUGAUAGUUUUGAGUAUCCACUGAAGUUUUGCACUUUCACAUGACCUAAGUUUAAUCUUUGACAUUUGUGUAUAGUUCACAUGAAUGAAAACUUAAAUGUUUGUCUGUAGUCUUAAAAAAUGUGGGUAAUGGCUAUAUGUGUAAAGUAUGGAUUAAGAUUCUUCAGAAAACUGAUGCCAUCCUGACACUGCUAACAAUAAUCCCAACAUUGACUAAUGUGCAGCAUAGACAAAAUGGAAUAAGCCUCAAACAAAUAUGGACAGUUGCAUUGCGUACUGGUUGAUUAUACUAUUCAAAAUGGUGAUGUGGAACAAAAGUUAGCUUGAAGUUUUCUAGCGCAACCUGAUUGAGCAGUGUUGGAUAUCUAUAAAUAACAAAAAACACAACUCACUUUAUAAAGCUUUCUGAACCAUGAGAUUCUGUUAGCUUUGUGAAUAAAAUUUUAGACGAUUGUGUGCAGCAAGACUGUAAUUUACUCUUGGAGCAUGAUUCAGAUGACAAAAACCACAAGAAUGAAACCAGAGUACUUUAUGGAUGUCUUUAGAGCCCUGAGAUUAAAUUGCAUUUUCGUGUGUCUUCAAAUUCUAUCAUUUUUGAGAAUAAUCUCAAAAUGAAGUCAUGCUAGUGUCUUAAAACAAUGCUGGAGUACAUUAAAGCUGAGGCUCUUAUAAAGUCAUCACUGCAGAAUAAUGAUGCAAUUUUUCAGUAGGCUUAAUGGAAUUUUAGUUCUGAAGCCAAACUAAAAGGUAAUUGAAAGUGCAGGAUAUAGUUUUCUGAAAAUUAUUACAGUAUGAUUUUUUUUGGCGUGUGCAGAAUAUCCCUGAUGUCAAGUAUGCAUUAUGUAGCUGAUCCAGUCAUCAUGUGUGCUUAAUGUUUGAUCCUGACUGGCUGCUUGCUUGUGCACUCAAAUAGAUCUGGUAUCCCAAUGCAUUGUGGGAAAUGAGAGUCUGAUGGAUGUUUUGUUCAAAAGGAGAUAAGAUGAAUUAGAUGUUUCUUUUGGGAGGGGAGAGAAGAGUGUGAUGGUCCCAUUCAGUCAGGUUUGUAUAUCCAGCCAUAGCUCUGCCCUUCCACAUGUGCCAGAGUUGAUGUGAGUCCACGUACAUGUCUAACUAUCCAUGUUAGCUAUUUGUAGUAUAUAAGGAACCUUGCCCUUUACUGUUUUGGGUGGUUUGUACGUUGUUACCAUGUUUUGCUGUUUAGGCUUUCGACCUCUGCUCCUUUUAGUGUGUUUUGCUCUUGAGACUAUCAUCGCCUGGUCUCUUGUAUUUUGCUGUUCAUACUCAUCGCCGACUCCAACUAGUGUGAACUGUUGAUCAGGUUGAAUUACUUGUAUCUGAUGUGAUGCACAGUGGUGUCAUAUUGCAGAUGAAAUGGAUUUUCUUUUGAAAUCUGUUACCUUUAAUAUUCAAAACCUUGAGUAAAUAAUUAACUGUCUUCAUCACACUCUGUUGACAAUUCCUUGUAUCUGUAAAUGGCAUCACCCUCCUUUUGUGUUUAGUUGUGCGUGCUGGUAACAUAUAAUCCAUACCUAAGUAACAGUAGUAUCAUUGAUGACCUGUGGCUCUGUAAAAUUGGAAUGUUGUUUAAAAGCUGUUCUUGAGUUUCUGUAGGGGGCCCGGUGGACAGGGAUAGAGUGGUUUGACCUGAAGUGAAAUGCAUUUGAAAAAUGUUAAAUUCAAGAAUCUUGCAUAUUUAUUGUUCAAUGCAAACUUGUAGCAAAUUUAUCUUUUGAGUCACAUGAAGUGUUAGAAGACACUGAUGAUCACAAAACUAAUUGUUGGCUAGUUGAUUUCUGAAAAUCAACUUUCUAGUAGUAUAUACUGACCAGUGCUCUAAUGUGUUGGUAUAUCACUAAUGUUAGUUGGAAACAUUCUUACUGUGAGAAUUUUCACAUUAUACUGAUAUGGUUGGUCUGCAUUUGCUUCAGGAAUUAGAAUUGUAAGUGUUAAUGUACCAUCACACUGCAAGGUCAUGUCGAUAUUUUGGAAUGAUUCAUCUCUGAAUAGUGACUAAGUUAAAACUUCAUUGUACUAAAGUGUUGCAAAAAUAGAUGUGAUGAUCUGUAAGCAUAUGUGACAUUGAAGCAAUGCAAUCCUGAAAGGGGGUCUUGAUUUUUUUCUUUUACUUAUGAGAAACUUCACCCCUUAACCUGGACUUUUUUUUUAAAUGUACCUUGCAAUAAAGUUCACAUAACACUUGAUGUUUAAUGCAAUUAGUUGCACCUCUGCCCAUUUCACAGCUGAGUAGCUAUAUUCAGCGGUCAAUUUGUGAAUGCACCGGUUGAUUGGGGUUAAAACUAAAAGCAUUUUGAAAAUUGUGACCUUAACUAUAGCUUGCAAGUAAAUGCAAAGUUCCAUACAAAUGCUACAUUUUUAAUCUGUACUUGAAUUUUUCCAGCGGUUUCCUAAAUAUUUUAUUUUCUCAGAUUAUGUAAGCGUUCACCUUUGGUUCCACAGUGUAGCUUAAUUAUUGGACAGCAACCUACACUAAUGGUAUUUCAAACCCUCAUCGCUAAACCGUAUCAGAAGGUGUAAUCAUUUAGAAAAGCUUGCUUGCUGCAUGACUGAAGGUGUGUAUAAGCUUAUUUUUUUAAACAGAGUCUACAUAAAUCCCCAGAGAAUGAUAAUUGCCUCAUGGUUUGUUUUACAGCCAACAUCACUGCAGUAAAGCUUUGAUAUGAUGACCUGGUUUGCACAUUUGUUUUACUGUUGUAUUUAACAAUUCACAUUAAUGCUGCAUUCAUGUAUCCAUUAAUUUUAUAUUUUGCACAGAUAAUCACAUUUUAGAACAAUUUGAGUUAUUUUAGCAUAUUUUAGUGCUUUGGGAUAUUGAGAUUGCAAGUCGAGCUACAAUUUUGUCUUGCCUGUAAGGAACUGGCAAUGAGUGGACAGCAGAUGGUAUUAUAUGCAAGACGAUUGCGCAGAUUGUUAUUGGUAAUACAGUUUUACCAUCUACCAGCUGAGACGCAGGUAUACAUCAACAAAAAACCCCUGUUUUGAGCUAAAUAAAUUUUUGAAGGAGAAAAGUAAUGUUUCUUUCACUUUACAAAUCCCCCUUAAAGCAGACAGUUUAAGCUUUUUCAGUAGUUUGUCCGUGACACACUUAUGCUGGCCACUGGCCUACUAUCAAAUGCAACCACACUUCCCAAACUGUUGGCAUAAGAGUUAUUUAUACUCUUUGAAUAGAUGUGUUUCUGUGCAGUCUGUAAAAUGUGGCUGACAGUUCCAUGCAUAGACUGCGGAUGAUAUCCGAAUAGGAUUCACCCCAAAUACAUACCACAGUUCUUAACAAAUCAGCUCCCUUUGGUAAAUGGGUGUAUUUGUCAUUUAAAUAAUAUAUGCAGCAGAAUUUAAGGAAAGAAAAUCUUUUCAGUCCUUAAGUGAAUUCACCAGACUAACUGCCUUCUUCAUUAGGUUAUGUAAGCUUCCUCCUCCGUCAGAUUGAGCUGUAUUUUUUUCUUUUAUUACACCCUAGAUUACCAUUUACAGUAUAUGUUAUUGGAAUGUAUUAUGUAUUGUACUUGAUAAAUCAAGUGACCUUCUGUUUUGUAUUUUACUUUGUAAUUAUGGUAUUUUUAAUAUGCACAUUUUGUCAAUACAAGGUGCUAAUGUUUUUGCAGGAGAACACUUGAAAUGGGUGUUGAGUAAUUUAAUAUAGAUGCCAUUUACUUUUCCAGUGGCUUGAAAUUGUACGUAUAAACAAUGGAGAUUGUACAUAUGUAUUUUAGUUUGUAAAUGUAUUGGUAGUAAUAUCAAUGAAAAUAAUGUUGGAAAUGUGAAUAUGUUUACACCAACAAGAAGGAAGGGAGAGAUGUAAACCUGAUUGGUAUAAAUAGCUGUUUUUAUUUUAAUUAUAAUCUUGUUUUUUCCCCCUAUCCUUUCAUUUAAGUCUCUGAUUAUUCCUAAAUUUCAAAGUGUACAGCUGUGUGGAAGGUUUGACUUGUAAAGAUGUGCUGAGUUGUGAUGUGUGUGGUACUGAAGUAACUGUUAAUAAACUGCAGUGAUGCCAACUUAA